CCGAGCGGAAGCACGUACUCCCUCCGCAUCCCUGUGCAGCUGGAACCCGAAACGCUCGCGCUGCUGCAGCAGGAGCUGAAGCAGCGGGGCAAUUCGGUGUUCGACCCGCGGAACAGCCUGUCCGUUGGCAUAGGCGGCAGCGUAGAGGAGGACGAGGAUUCGCAGGGCAACUGGAGCAAGCGGAUCCCGGAGUUGGACACGCUCGUGACCGUGUCCCCCGGCGAGAUGAUCGAGCUGGUGGAGGUGACGCCCGGCACCAAGUUUCCGCUGUGGGAGACGCUGCUGCGGCCGCUGGGUAUCGGCCUUUUGUUCAUGGGCGCCACCUUUCUGGACAUGCUGGCCAUGCAGUUCACCACGCUCAGUUCCGCGACCCUGGUGGGCCGCGUUAAUUCGGUCACCAUCUACAUCGCAUCCAUCUUCUUCCUCGGGGAACCCUCGGUACCCGCAAAGUGGCUGGGCGUCGCGCUCUGCCUCUCUGGAUGCGUCCUCGUCCUACAUUUAGACGCGGUGAGUGCAGCGGAAAGUGGUGGUAGUGGAGGGGAGAGUAGAGCAACAUCUUCUUCAUCUACUUCCGAUGGAACUACAGGAUCGUCCUCAACACCUGGAACAUCGGCUUCGAAUCCAGCGUCAUCUUCAAACGCGGUCCUGCAGAAGGAGUACCCCUACGCGCUUUACGGCGAUCUGGCCGCCCUGUUCGCCGUGAUUUUCUACACGGCCUACGCGAUCACGCUGAAGAGGUUCGUGAAAACGACCGCGGACACGAUGUGGACUCUUACUCUCACCUAUCCUGAGUGAAAACGUCCCCGCCCCAGAGUUGUCAUGCAGAUUGGCAAUGACAGGAACAUUUGUGAUGCGCUUUCCCAUGAUAGGCAUUUCCAAUCGUGUUUUGGAAUUUGUCAUCCUGCAAACAGGAUAACAGAUGGAUUUGUAAUGCGGCUGUCCUCGCCAACCUGCACUCCACUACGGACUGCAACUUGUCAUGCCUGACUGCCAAAGCUUCUGGAUUUGUGUUGCGAGAUCCCGAUCUUGACUUUGGGGUGCGGACGUUUUUACACAGGAUGUCACUGGGUGCUUCUUCACGUUCCUCGGGAUUCCGGGGUACUACUUUUUCGCGCCGGAGUUCAUCACCGGCGCCUACGCGUCCGCGUUGAUCGAGGCCUUCACCAUCCCCUACCUAGUCGCGAGCUUCAUGUUCCUCGGCGUGAUCGGGGGGGCGGGCAGCAACUACCUCUGGGUGCGCAGCUGCCAGAUCGUGGGUCCGACGAUGUUAUGCAAUGCAAAAAUGUCUGGGUCUGGAAACAUGUAAACUUCUGAUGCGUAUUUGAGACCAGAAAAAAAUCUGUCAUGCAUGGACCGCAAAAGUUGCAUGCUCAUUUCUUGCCACCAAAAGAGGGAACUUGUCAUUUGGAUUAGGCAUCGCCUAACCUGCUCAAAACCUGUGUUGCUAGGACUGGCAUGCUAGACCUUCUGUGUCAUGCACAAACAGCAUCACAAGUUUCCAGACCCAGACAUUUUUACAAUCCAUACAUGCUGGCGGUCGGGUUAAACAUCUCCAUCCCCAUCUCCAUGCUGUGGGACCGGUUCGGCCGCGGCUUUGUGGAAGCAACCAGUCCGCUGAAGCUGUUUGCCGCUUCGUUAGUCGUGGUGGGCUUUUUACUCGUGAUUUACAUCGACACGUUAAUCAACGAAGAGGAAGGAAAACAAGAAGAUCAAGAAGACGAGCGCGCGAUGGACGAAGCUGACCUUCGAGCCGAUAUUAACGCUGCAUCAGAACAACAGCCAGGGCCGCGCUUGCCCGGCACCAUUCCGAGCAGAAACAGUACGUUUGAGCAACUGCGCAGCCGGACGUCGAUCGGCGUUCAGGACGACGCGGUGGCGCUGGUGUUGCCUUCCUUCCUAUCGCAAGGAAAAAUCCCCCCUCCCCAUAUUGAAGAGGUAGGUUUUCGAAAAUUUGUGUUGCUGAUUUGAGGUCACAAAUCAUGUUUGUGCUGCAAGAAGACAAGGGCAGCAGCUUCCGUCCCAUUAUGGAGCCGGUUUGUCAUGCUGUUGAGCCAACAUCACGGACGCUUUUCAUGCUAAGCGCCUAAGUCAAAGCCUCUCUACUCAGGCUUGAUAUGGGUCUGCAGUCCUCUCCAGCAAGACAAAUGCGAUUUGUGUACUCAAAUACUGCAUCACAAAUUUCGUUUUCGAUAUGGGGAGGGGGGAUUUUUCUUUUUGAUACUUCCCUGCAAACCCGCUGCUGAGUCCGCGCGCAGGUCGGGAUGGUACUACGGAUCAUCAUGUGCAAGGAGGGAAAAGAACUGAAGGAGAGAUGGAAAAUGGCGACAAAAUGAUGCAUAUCAAAUGUAGAAAUGUCUGGGUCUGGAAGCUUGCCAGGUUUGUCAUGCAUAUUUUGAAGGACUCAUGAUGUCUGUGAUGCAUGCUCUAGCAUGACAGAUUUUUAGAGGCCUUUGUGAUGCCUCUACCGCAUGAGAAAUGCCCUCUCCGGGUAGCACAAACGGGAGUUCUGUUGCUGGUCAUGCAAUGCAAAUUUUUCUAGAAUCCAGAGACAGCAUCACAAGUUCCAACCUUCCAGACCCAGACAUUUUUCCAUGUGAUAAUGCAACAGGAGUCGUGCCUCGGUUUUUUCGCGGGCGCGUUGCUGCCCCUCGACUGGAAUCGUCGCGAUCUCGUCCGAUGGCUGCUGACGCCCUACUACCUAUGAACUGCAAAAGUAUCGCACUAGUAGAAAUUGCAUUACAAAUCGACUGUGCAUUACAAAUUGAAUUCGUAAUGCGGAUUUACCUUAGCAAAAAGCAUAAACGCAAUUAGUACGAGUACGAUACUUUUGCACAGGAUACUACCCCCCGUUGCCUAGUUUCCUCUCCGGGUCGACCGCCUCGUUUGACGCGCUCGCGGCCGAGACACGUAAAGCAAACACGAUGAAAAGCUCCAAGCCGUCGUCUGCUCCUGCACCGAAAAAGAACAAGAAGUGGCGCGCGCUGAAGAACCUGGGCGGGCAGGCGGUCCGCAACGCGGUGCCCAACUGCGCCUACUGCAUUAUGCUGAUUCUGCCGCAAACCAUCGACUACGUCCUGGUGGGCAUUAUGGCCACGCCGGACACCCGCACCUACGCGCUCGGGGGCAUCGCCCUGGGGAUUUCCCUGAUCAACGUUUUCGGAAUCGCGCCCGGCAUCGGGUUCAAUCAGGCGUUAGAUACGCUCGUGUCUGUCGCGUUCGGGGCGAAGAAGCACACCAAGAUCUUCCACUACGUGGCCCAGGCGCAGCUGCUGAUCGUGUGCUACAUGCCGGUGAUCAUCCUGAGCUGCGGGAUCUGCGCGUCCAACAUCUUUGACACCUUCGCGACGCACACCGACCCGAACGUAGCCGCGCAGGCCGUGGAGUUUCUGCACUCGCAGUUUUUAUUUGUGCCGCUUUUUUUGUUCUCGGACAUCGUGCGCAAGUUUUUCGCAAACGUCCGGGAGCUGCACCACAUUCAGCCCUACCAGAUGGCCGCGAUCUGCCUCCACGGGGUCUGGGUGUAUCUGUGCAUCGAAUUCAUCUCCGGCCGCGACCACGCCGCGAUGGGAGCGGGGCUCGGCACCAGCUUCACCUGGCUUUUGUUUUUCCUCGGCUAUCACUUGGUGUUUCACAAGUGGUUCCGCACCUUCCGCGAGACCACCAACGCCCGCGUGCUGGGAAUAAAUGGUCCUGCGGUGCAACCACGGGGACAGCAACCGGCAAACUAUACAGUAAACAAAAAAGCAAGUCCGCGCGGAGGUUAUCAUAGUGCAACUACAACUUCGAUGAGCAACAACGACAAAAGCUCGUCAAAACAGGAGGAGGAGCCGGUGGAGCAGGAGCACAUAUUUUUUCUCUCCAAUCUGUCCGACCCGGCGGUGUACAGUGGGCACGCGCUGUAUGGAAGCGUCAGGUUUGAAAUCGUCAAAGUUGAAAUAGUUUGUAAUGCAUAAAAUGCAUGACCCGAGGCACGUGUGUUGCAGAGCAGGCAAGUGAGGCCGAUUGUAAGCCUGUUUGGGGUUACAGCUCGAGCUGCUAAAGUAGCAUGAGAAAAUCGCUGUUCUUUGCCUAAACAGCAUGACAAAAUGGAUUUAGGGACCACCGAAAUUUGUCUUGCGCCACUUAGAAACUGGGUUCCGGUUGGCAUCCAUUUUAUGCAUGGCAAAUUAUUUCAACUUUGUCGAUUUCAACUCUGACACAUCCAUACGCUGUAUUCGUACGGCGAACUUGCCGUGCGGUCGAGCGCGAACGUGCUGACGGAGUGGGUGGCGCGCGAGAUCCUGACCGUGUUGAUAUCGCAGGUGUCCGCCUCGGCCAUCGCCGUGCACGCCGCCAUCGACGGCACCUAUUCGCAGCUGUACAUGAUUCCGCUCGGGAUUGCGGGCUCGACCGCGACGCUGGUCGGCUCCAGCCUCGGCAUGCGGAAGCCGGUGCAGGCCGGCCGUUUUGCGUACGUCUCCCUCACGCUCGGGCUCGUCGCCUGGUCCCUGAUGUUCGUCCUGCUCUUCGGCGUGCCGCCCUACCGGUGGCUGCCGCCGCCCUUCGCCCGCGAUGCCGACACCGUGCCCCACGAGACGCUGCUCCACACCGGACUGCAGCUGAAGAUCGCGGAUGUGUUCUUUCCGGCCGAUAUCAAAAUGAAAAAUCCCCCCUCCCCAUAUCAAAAACGAAAUUUAUGAUGCUGUAUUUGAGUACACAAAUCGACUUGUAAUGCUAGAAGGCCAAGAGACGCAGCUGUGGCCUCGUUUGCAGGCAAUUUGUCAUGCUGUUUCCCACUUCCAGCUGCCCCCUGUCAUGCUGAAGAUGCAAGGCUUUCCCACGCCAACCAGCACUGCAGUCCGCAUCUUUUCCCUUCUAGCAUGACAAAGCUGAUUUGUGACCACAAAUCUGCAUCACAAAUUUCUAGUUUGAGUAUGGGGUGGGGGGAUUUUUCCUUUUGAUAGCCGAGCAUAACGCCAAGGCGCUGUUUGAGCGGUGGCUGUUCUAUCAAAUGCAGAAGUGUCCGGGUCUGGAAAAGUGGAACUUGUAAUGCGUGUCUUGCAUUCCUGGAAAAUCUGUGUUGCAUGAGCAGCAACAGAGAAGCUUUCUUUGUCAUGCAAAAACGCAAUUUGUGAUGCGUGCUAGGCAUCAGCAGGCGUGGUCUCAAAAACUUGUCAUGCUUGGCUGCCAUUGCAAGCGCUUCAAUCAUGCUCAAUUCAGCAUCACAGGUUCAUUCCAGACCCAGACAUAAGUUUGCACUUGAUACGUUCCGCCGCAUCCUGAUUUUCGCCUUCGCUGUGACCUUCUGGUGCGACAUGGGGGAGAACAUUUUGCAGGGGGUGUUGCGGGCGUGCGGGCAGCAGCAGAUCGCCGCAUUGGUGUACGUCUGCCAACACUAUUUGCUGGGACUGCCGGUCGCGGUGUUUCUGGCUUUUUCCACCGUCGGCCACGGCAUCACCGAGGCAUUGGUGUCGCACUGCAAUCUGCUUUUCCUGGAUACGUCCGUUUUGACCGACGGCGACUUCUUCGCCCACGCCAACACCAUGGAGAAAACCAGCGUGUUGGGGUUGUACGGCCUCUGGUUCGGGUUCUCCCUGGGCGUGGUCUCCGGCUUCGUCGUUUUUGUUUACUACCUCUGCGUCAAAAUCAACUUCCGCAAAGAAGUAAAAACGGCGCUGCGGCGACUGGUGUGGCACUCGCGGGCGGCUGCCGUGCGGGGCAAAACUACGGACCGAAAAUUGUCGGGCGCGACCGCAAAAGUUUAAAACGGAUGAGCGACUUCAUGGCACAAGUUGGACAGGUACGUAGUACGCUCUGUCUGUGUGCGUAUUAUAUGAUUGUAUGCAAUGGCACGGGAAGUAGAUCUUUUAUACGGCCGUUCUGGCGAACAAAGCACGUUGGGUGAGCUGGUCGGAGAUGUUGACUGACUCUUUUGUUUCUCUUUUUUCUGCAAAUGAACCUAUACAAUACUGAAUUUUCGGGGCUUUGUGACUGUAAUUUACGCUGUUGUUUUGGAUAUGCUGCACUAGCACUUCAAGUACUUGCUCAAUGUCAAUACUCUUUCUUGCGAAAUGAAAGACGCACACUUUUCCUGUACACCUCGAGUCGUUUGCCUAAGCACCCAAAAUUUCGGCCAGUAUGAGCUCCUCACUGAGGUGGAGCUCUUUUGUGCAGAUAGCGAUAAAUCAGUAUUUUCCACCUGCUGCCCCGCUGAAAGUGUAGUUUUACACUGAAAGGACAUUGGCACGACAUUGCAUUUUUGCGACAUCAACAUUUCGUAUUGAACCGCGUGUCGCUUUCGGCAUCAUGGUCGAGGACUUUCUCCUCCA